AUGUACCAUUUCACGUUACCCAGAUCGAGACUGUGCCCCCAACAAUCAGGCAGCAAGGGCCAUGCAGAGAUGCCUGAGAUGAUAUUCUCAGACUCAGCCUCGUUGAUAGUUCUCCGGGAUGCAACCUCUUACCGUUCCGUCGCCUCGGAUGCGCUCUCCAAGCUGUCAUGGGUUUUUGGAUUCGACAAACAAUUGCGCGGCUCGACCGUCUAUGGCCGCGCCUGGCGCAACAACCUAAAGAAGUCCCGGGAAUGUGAAGAGGCUUCGAGGCUGAUUGUACCUCCACCCGAGGAACAGCAGCAGACAGGCGAGAGUCUCCGAGGCCGUGAAUUCAAUAUUAUCCUGCUAGGGAUAUCAGGAUGUUCGAAAACGACGCUGUUGAAGCAGAUGCUACAAAUAAUAUUCAGCAAUAUGUGCGAACUUGCUGGGGCUCUUGGAGACGAACUCGACUCCGAAGACGGCACGUUCUCGCCGCAGGUCCAGCCUUGCUCCGAGUUAUGGUCCGACGCAGAAUGGCGCGAAUGGCUGUCGAGAUCUCCAGACAGAAAUAUCCAGCUUUCCUAG